UUCCUCAGUGCUGCCGCCUCGCACCCUAUUUCCGCCACUAUUUGAAAAUUUGAGCAGCACUCGCGGUUACUUGAACAUUUUAGAUAAGCGGUGGACUUUAGUAGUAUAAAUAUCGACGGUUCUGUAAUGGAGUAUCAAGUGGGAUCUGAACCGAUGACUCUGGGCUCACCUACUUCUCCCAAGCCCACCUCAGGUGCCCAGUUCUUGCCUGGGUUUCUUAUGGGUGACCUGCCAGCUCCUGUGACCCCCCAGCCACGGGCGUUUACUGGAACUGGUGGUGGGAUGGAUGUCCGCUCGCCUCUUUUGGCAGGAGGGUCACCCCCACAGCCAGUUGUUCCCACGCCAAAGGACAAGAGCGGUGCCCCUCCAGUCAGAAGUAUAUAUGAUGAGCUCGCCAGUCCAGGGAUUGGAAUGUCCCCACUCAGCUCACGCAAGCAGCCAUUCUCAGUGACGCACACUCCCUUGUCUGGUUUAGCUGCCACACCUGGGACAAUGUCUAAUGUCUUUAGUCCUGUAAGCAUUGGGCAACAGAGGAAAUCAACACUGUCGCCAGCACAAGCCGAUCCGUUCUACACUCAAGGAGAAGCUUUGUCCUCUGAGGACCAGCUGGAUGACACAUGGGUCACUGUUUUUGGGUUUCCCCCUGCGUCUGCUUCCUACAUCCUCCUGCAGUUCGCUCAGUAUGGAAAUAUAUUAAAGCAUGUGAUGUCAAACACUGGCAACUGGAUGCACAUUCAGUAUCAGUCUAAACUUCAGGCAAGGAAGGCACUCAGUAAAGAUGGGAAAAUCUUUGGAGAGGCCAUCAUGAUUGGAGUGAAACCGUGCAUAGAUAAGAAUGUGAUGGAGGGUGCAGAUAAAGCGUCUACCUCCUCCAGCUCUGUGUUUACCCCUCCGGUGAAGGCACCUGGCACACCCAACCACCCUGUCUCCACACCCCGGUCAGCCAUGAGGCCCCUGAGUGCAGCCUACAAGGCCUCCAGCAGCGACUAUCAGGUGAUACCUGACAAGCAGACACCCAGGAAAGAUGACAGCUUUGUCACGAAAGCUAUGGAGUAUGUGUUUGGGUGGUGACGUGCCUUGUGCUUCAGUGUUACAGUAACAAAGCAGUAAACUGAAAAACAAUCCUCAAAGCCUACUCAUCUGACUCAGCACUCCUGGUUCAGCUUUUACAUUCAGAUAUUCUUCACUAGGUUUUUAAUACAGAAAUGAAAUGGUAAUAAUUUGCACUUUAUGUUGUGGAUGAUUGUUUGGGUUUCAUGCACUUGGUAGUACAGGGGUUUAGGAAAUAGCUCCUUGUAUGGCUGAUGGCAAAAGAGUAUUAGAGUGAAAGGCAAUGGUGGGAAAAUGACACUAUAUUUAUGUGUGGUGAGGUGGUGACUUUUUUGCUGAUCUGUAGGUUUUUAUGAAGCCUUGUCAGUUUUAGAAAACAGUAAUAUUGGAAAUGAAACCUUAUCCUUCCAUAUCAGUGUGCUGCGGUUCUGAAAUCGAGACGUAAGGACUACUGCUGUUUGUGGCCUGAUAAAGUCAGUCAGUAUUUUAAACUUUGUUUCUCUGAAUUCAAUUUUUAAAUUCCUAACACAUUGCUUUCAAGGUUUUCUACAUGUUUUUGGUUUUGUUUUAAAUGACAACUGAAGUAUGUGUAUAUGUCUUUUUAAUGGGGUUCUGCCCAUUCUAAGGGGAAAUAGAAUUAUCUUUGAAGUCUUAUUUUUGUGUAAUAAAUACUAUAUACAGUCAACAUGAGACAUUGUUUAUUUUGCUGCCGUACCAUAGAUGUCAGUGAAACAUUUACCCUCGCUUCUGUUACAGUACCAGUAUGCAGGGCUUAAAUAACUCAUCCAGCUCAGGCCCUAUCCCGCAACAGCCGCAGCCCAUGUCCACACCCUUUCUCAGACAGGCUGUCAAAAGCCACUGAUCCACAGAUAAUGUGCAACGUGCAGGAGGCCCGGAUUUGUUUCUGUAGUUAUGGAGAACCACUGAGGUUUACAGUCAUGGAUUACCUUAGGAAAUUUGAAAUGCAUAACUUCUGCAUUGUGUUUUUGCUCUGAAUUACUGUAUUCAUUGCCAGUAUUUUAGUAUACUAAAAAUUGUUUAAGAACAAUGUGUCCAACAUUCUGUCUUGGUGUUGUAUUCUUUCGCAACAGACUUGAAUGGCUUAAAAAUAUUCAGUGGUAUGUAGUUGUGCUAGAUUACAAACUGCCCUUUUUCCUUAUGUUGGUUAACAAUUCUUUUGAUAUAGUAGCUCUUUCAGGACUGUCU